UUUCCUGUCCAAAAGCGUUGCCGCGCUUUACCAUAGAAGAAGUAUUUUCAUAGACACCAAAAUUGUUUGCAAUAUUAUUUUAUAGAUAUACAGACGUUGUGUGCUAUGACACGUGUUUAACUCUUAUACUUAUUUCAGGGACAUUCUGUUCGAUGUUCUACUCAGCUUUUGUAUGGAUGAACGCUGCACGAUAGAGUGCAGAACAGGCUCGCGCGAGAUAAGGAAGUGUAGUUUGUUGACAUAGCUUGAGACGGGGGGGAACUGUGUCGGGCACAUCAUCAGCAUGAUGAUGUUGUUAUGAUACUUCUCACGUAUAAACGCGUAAUAACGCCAAUCCCAUCUUUCUUAUGGGUUUAAAUGAAAUGGCAGUGGCUCUUUGAUAUUAAAAAUAAAGUUAUUGAAGUGGAGGAGUGAGGCAGAUUGAGUUUUUGCAAUCUGAUUACUCAAAUGAUGUCGAAAUCAGUGUCUGAUUACUCAAAUUAUGUCGAAAUCAGCAGGCAGCCUCUAGCUGGCCCUUGUCCAGUGACAGCCAUGGCUGCUCAGACUCCCUCCCAGUCUGCCCUGCGAGAAUUUUGUCCUCUCUACUACCUGCUCAAUGCCAUCCCUGCCAAGGUGCAGAAGGGCUUCCGCUCUGUGCUGGUCUAUCUGACGGCUCUGGACACCAAUGCUGACUACAUAGCAGUGGGCAGCAGCAUCGGCAUGCUGUAUCUCUACUGCAGGAGGGUCAGUCAGAUGAACAAGUACAACCUAGAGGGUAAAUGUGAGGCAAUCACAGCAGUCAAACUUCUGAGUUGUUUUGAUGACUUGGUUGCCGUGGGCACAGCAUCCGGCAGAGUAGCACUCUUCCAACUGGUGUCACAACUUCCUGGCAGAAACAAACAGCUGAGGAGGUUUGAUGUUGUGGGUCUGCACAAGAGCCCAGUGACAGCCCUGACCUGGAGCCCCAACGGCAUGAAGCUGUUCUCUGGAGACGACAAGGGCAAGGUGGUCUACUCCGCCGUGGACCUGGACCAGGGCGUGUGUAACCCAGUGCUGCUGUUUGAGGAGGCCUCAGCCAUCGUGCAGCUGGAGUACUGCCAGAAGGUUCUACUGGUGUCCACGCACCAGCGCUCGGUGCUGUUUCACACACAGGAGCAGGCUCUGCAGCAGCUGGGCGCCAAGCCUCGCAAGAGCAACGGGAAGUUUGGCGCGUGCUUCCAGCCGGGGCUGUGCAAGCAGAGCGACCUGCAGGUGUUUGCGGCGCGGCCGGGCCUCCGGCUGUGGCGUGCGGACAUCAAAGGCAUGGUGGAGGACACCCGGCUGCUGAAGCCCCUGUUCAACCUGGACGUGCCCCAGUUCCAGCUGUUCCCCCGGGCCGGGCCCUCGGGGGGCUACCGGCCCCCGGAGAGACAGCUGGGCCUGGUCUGCUGCUUCCUGCGGGAGGGCUGGCUGCUCAGCUGGAACGAGUACAGCGUCUAUGUCAUCGACUGUCUCAACCAGGUGAUUAUCGGAGCGCUGGAGAGCAGUGGAGACAUUGUGUCAGUGUCCUGCACUGAGAAUGAGAUCUUCAUCCUGAAGGGAGACAGGGACAUCGUCCGCAUCUCCACCAGCCCCGAAGGCCUGGUCUCCAACGUGUCGGACCUAUCUCUUCGUCUGAGCUCCCCCUUGACUCCCACCCUCCUGCUCCCGCCCACCGGCUCCGUAGAAACAGCCCAGCCAAUCCGAACCAUGCCCAUCAUUGUCGAGCAGCAUAGAGGUGGAGGGAGGGCAGAGGAGGAGGAGGUGGCGGGGGAGGCGGAGGAGGUGGAGGAGGCGGAGGAGCAGCAGGAGCAGCAGCACAAUGCCAGUCCUCAGGAGGGAGGGUUUGGGGCGGAGGGGGAGAGGCCGGGGGUGGUGGAUGUGGGGGUGGAGGUGUGGAUGCCGAGGGGAAGUGUCGGGGGAACCAGCGAUUCUCGUAGCCGCAGCAGCUCCAUCACGUCCUGGGACAGCGUCCAGGGGAUGCUCAUGACCUCGUCCUCCACCACGGAGCAGUCCGAGAUGAGCUCCAGUCGCUACAGCGCCCCCCUGCCCCUGGAGGACCUGGUGGUGAAGGCCAUCAAGGUGAAGAAGAAGGGGAAGAGGAGGAGGCAUGAGAGUGGCAGUGGUAACCGUCUGUUCGAGCGCAGCAGCUGGUCAGAGAACAUGUUCAGCCAGGACGGGGGCCUCAGUGACGGGGGCAGCGGGGGCACCCCCAUGAGUGACCCCACCAGCCUGCUGUACAGCAGCCUGGACCUCCAGAGCAACGACUCCCCCGAACAGGACCCCAACGGCCGGCCCGCCACCCCAGAACCCACCCCCUCCCGGUCUGCCAACGUCCCACCCGGUCCUCCAGACUCCCUGCCCCUCCAGGAGAUGGAGACCCAGGAAGACUCCGGAGGGGGCGAGGCCCCCACCCCAGACGUGGACCUCCUGCUGGAGUGCACCUUCUCCUACAUGCAUGCGUCCGACGAGCAGGAGCCAGAUCCAAUGGAGGAGCAGGAGGACGAGUUCCCUCUGAUUGGCCUGGAGGACUCGGAGCCGGAGGAUCUGGAGCCUCCGGCCUGUGCUCUGGAUCAGACGGGGUGCUCGGCCGAGCGCGAGCAGGGCCCCUCGAGUGACGAGGAGGACAUCUACGCUCACGGGGUGCCCUCCAGAGUCAGCGUGGGUGAGGGGCUGAACUCUGUCAGCCUGCAGGGAAACGACAGACAGCAGGACGAGGACAUGACCAGACGCAAGGCUGACCAGCUAGCGGAGAGCUGGAUGGGCUACUCAGGGCCUGGCUGUGGCAUCCUGAGUCUGGUGGUGACCGACAGGUUCGUGUGGUGUCUGGACUUUAAGGGGAGCCUGUACUGCAGCGCCCUGCCCGACGGAGGCCUCAGCUGGCAGCGCUUUGAGGACAACGUCCACCAGGUGGCGCUCUCCCCCUCAGGCUCUCUGCUGUGGAAGGUGGAGCAGAAGACCAUGACAGCCUACGCCUGCGGCAAGGUCACCAUCAAGGGCAAGCGUCACUGGUACAAGGCCAUGGAUGAGACGGCCUUCGUGGCUCUGAGCGACGACGCAGCCUGGAUCAUCCGCACCAACGGAGACCUCUACCUGCAGACAGGUCUGAGCGUGGAGCGUCCGUGUGCGCGGGCGGUGAGGGUGGACUGCCCGUGCCCCAUGUCCCAGGUGGCGGCGCGGGGCGGCGUGGCAUGGGCGCUCAGCGAGCAGAGAGCCGUCUUCUACCGGGAGGGGCUCAGCAGCUUCUGCUCCGAGGGAGAGAUGUGGAAGUACGACAAGAUCAGCGAGGGCCAGGGUCUGGAGCCCAUCUGCAUCUCCCUGGGGGAGAACGGCACAGUCUGGGCCCUGGACACCAGCGGCAGCCUGUGGUUCAGGACCGGAGUCACCACCAAGAAACCUCAGGGAGACGACCAGCACUGGUGGCAGGUCAGCAUAACAGACUACGUGGUGUUCGAUCAGGGAAGCCUGUUCCAGACCCUCAUCCAGGCCACCCACAGCGUGGCCACGGCCACCAAGGCUCCGGUGGAGCGCGUGGCGGAGUGCCUGCGCGUGGCCUUCCUGUCCCAGCAGACGCAGUGCCAGCCCAGCCUGGUCAGCUCCAACACCGCCGGGGUCUGGAUCGCCUCAGGACGCAACGACCUGCACGUGGCCAAGGGCAGCCUCAUCGGUACCUUCUGGCAGGGUGUGGUCCCUAGAGGGACAGUGUCUGCCACCAAGUGGGCCUUCAUCACCUCGUCUGCCGUGUCCAGUAAAGAAGGGACGUUCCUGUGGCUGGGGCAGAGCCGGAGGGACCUGUUCUGCGUGUGGGACCAGGAUGGCCAGCUGCGGCCCUCCACCGUGCAGCUGCCCCCGGACGUGGAGUUUGGCCAGCUGUCCGCCUGCAGGGACGCCCUGUGGGGCCUGGACCUGCACGGCUGGGUCCACAUCCGCACCCUGUCCCCAACCUGCCCCACCGGCAUGACCUGGACCCCCCUGGACCUCAGCCAGCUAGGCCGUGUCCGUCUGGUCAGCGUGUCGUGUGGGAGCCAGAACGUGUGGGCAUGUGACAGCCACGGCUUGGUCUACUUUCGGGUCGGAACCCAACCUUUGAACCCCAGCAUGAUGCUGCCUGCGUGGAUCUGCUUAGAACCUCCUGAACAGCCAGUAGGAAUCCACCUGGUCAGUGUCCACACCAGCCCCAACGACCGCAUGCUGUGGGCGCUGGACAACCGAGGCAAUGUCCAUGUCAGGACCGCCAUCAGCGAGGAGAUGCCCGUGGGCACAGACUGGGAGCACAUACCAGGUCUGCAGGCCAGCCAGCUGGUUCUGAGUCUGAGGACGGUGUGGGUGCGCUGUCCCAACGGGGAGGUGGCCAGGCGCUACGGCAUCACGGACAAAAACCCAGCUGGAGACUACUGGAAGAAGAUCCCUGGUGUGGUCCACUGCUUCACCGUGACCCCCCAGGAUGAGCUGUGGGCCGUGGGCACAUCAGGAGGCCUGACCCACCGCCUCACCAAGACCCUGCUCCACACCCCAGCCAAGUCCCACGCCAACACAGGCUCCCUCAGCGGAGAAGACCUGGAAGACGAGUGGGAAGUCAUCUAAACACGAUCUGACCACUUCCUGAAACACUCAAAACUACUUCCUGGUUGACGAGUCAGAGGUAAUUGAAGGAGUUGGUUGGUCAGAGACUUUGUACAGCCAUGUGUGUACAGUUAUCAGCGUGCAAGAUUCUUAAUGUUGUCAACUGGGGAAAAGAAUACACUCACACUGUAGUUUGAGCCAAUUUAGCGUAGCUUACACAUAAAAUAUGUUCUUGAAGAGGACUGUAUUUUAACAAUUUCACAUUUUUAACAAUCCUGGUCAGAAACUUUGUAGGGGACUAUACCACAAUGCAGUGUGGGUAUUUUCUUAUCUUUUUAGGUUUUGCCCCUUCUCAUCCUCCAGAUUGAUUUAGUGUCAUUACGUUACGGUAUGUCUAAUUCACUUAAGGGAAAGCGGCUGGAUUUUUAUUUCGCUUGUGAGCACUUUACGCCCUCUGUCUAUUUGACAUUAGUCGGAUGUGUGCAUCAUGUUGUUGAUGAUGUGUAUAGAGGCUCAGUGGACAGUCACUAAACUGGGAUUGGGAGGGCUUUCAGCCUGGUACCUCUUGGUCCUGUCAGAUAGCACACCUUUCUAGCUAGCCGGGAAAACUGGUGCUGAAUGAACUUUAUCAGGGUGAAACUCUGAGCUCUGGUGUUCUGUUACAGAGCAAACCAUAGAAAGUUUCCUAAUGCAUCUAAGGAAGGGGGGGAGUCUGAAAAGUAAUUGUUAGUCUUGUUCCACCUUUUUACGUUGUUUACAUGACCUGUGGAUGUCCUCAGAAGUGAAAUCAUGAAGGUUUUUAAUAAGUAGCUCCACAGAAGUGUGGAGCUCCCGUUAAAUCGACCCGUUUUGCUCCAUCCCUGAAUGCGAAUAAGUGAAUCGCUUUAUUUAUUUAAUAGUUAGAAUGUUUGCACAAUAGGAUUAAGAGACAGUCCACCCCCAACACAGCACUGUUCUCUGUAGCUCGGCAACCAUCCACUGUAAAGGGACUCGCCACUCAUUGUUUCAUACAGAUUGAUGUUGUAUAUAAACCACACCACCAAACGGACUCUUUCCUCUAUAGGGGACGUAUCCAGCUUCACUAGAAGGCUGACACUGUCGGCUGAACUGUUUAUAGCUCAUCCAGCAUCAUAGGACGAAAUACAUAGAACCAAGGAAUCUGUUGUGUCUCUGUAGGGGGUGAAGUACUUCCAUGAUCCACACCAAGGGAACUAGGAGGACGGCUGAGAUCUGUGAUUUCUUUUUACUGUACAUUGUAAAAGCUAUGUAACAUGUUAAGUGCUUCAGCUGAGAAGAUAAGCAGGUGAGUGUGAAGCUGGUGUCUUCUGGUGCGUCUGAUACAGCUGCUAGACAAAUAUCAAACAUAACAUCGAUACAAUACCACAGUAGCGAUAAAAAAAAAAAAAAAGAAACUCGUACGCCUUACGUCAAGGGGGAGGGAAGGAAACCUGGCAGGUGUGCUCAGCCUGUUUCUGUUGGGAGAAGACUACAAGAACAAGCCUGUCCCCUUAGACAACCUCAGCUUGUCAGAGCGCAGCUGUAUUUGGUUCACUUGUUCUGCUCACCAGGACAAGCUCCUUUAAUCAAACUGCUGGCUAACGACAUUACAACCAAGUCUGUAACGUGCUGGGCUCUGACACCCAUGCUUGCUUGUCUACUGUGGAGCAGGGGAGGAACUGGCUGGAGCUGAGAUACCUUUAUAGCACCACUGUUUUAAAUGACUAGAAAGGGAAUUCAACCGACAAACCUAAUGUAGAGCCAGUUUGCCCAUAUCCAGCUGUAAACAUCUACAUUACAAAUGCUGCGUAGAAGAGUAGAUGUCUUGGAAGUUGCUUGUAAUCACAGCUAUUGACAAGGAAAUAUAUGUCAAAGCUCAACUGAACGUGCCAGAUACUAUGAACAUAACUCACUGAUCUGGCUUGAGAACAUAACAUAAUCAACAGCUGUAGCUACUUUUCUUCUAGUGAACUUGUGCGUUGUGUCUGUGAAGGUAGCUUGUAGCUUUCAGUAAUGAGCCAAAAUGCUGUGUUCGUGUUCACCGCGUUAAAUAGCAACCUGUAAGGAAAAGUAGCUAGGUUUAUGACACAUUAUGCCUCCAUGAUAUCCUGCUUCUGUCAUUGCCCGUAGGCUGCCUGUCUACUGGACAUCAGGGUGUCCAGACGAUCACUCUUAAUAUCUCAUUAAAAUUGAUGGGUGUGUUUGAUUUAACUCCCAUCAUACCACCAAUGAGUGUCAUGGUUCUGAAGACAAAUGGAAUCCCAUCCUCAGCUGCAGACAAGGUGCGCUAAAUUAAACGCUCCCUCACUUGACAUGGAACUAGGGGUAGACCUGAAGGGAAUCUAGGGCUUUUGUCCAGAAGGUAUUUUUUCCCUGUAUGUCUAUAUUGGACAGAAUGCCUUCAUACUGUAAGAUGACUGGUUACCUGAUGAAUCCUGUUAUAAAAUCUCCAUGCCUUUCCUCAUCAUUAACUUCCUAAAUAAAGAUGUUUACAGAUCUGUAA